UUAAAUAAAUAUAUCCGAUCUCUCAGGUGUCUUCCAUGUAUUGGAAAUUACAUAUAAACAGACACCACUAAAUUUAGCAAUCAGGCUACAACACUUGGCGGUAGCUCGUCCCACACGCACCUGGGGUGUCAAAUUUAUAAACACAGAUUUGGACAAGGAUUGAGAAGCAAAUACAUCCAACUAGAGGUGGCUGACACAAAUUUGAAGCAUGAAUUGCAUUUGGUGUGAACGCAGCAUUAGGAAGAAAGUAAAGUGAGGGUUGUAUGAAAUCCACCCAUAGGUCCACCCACCUAGCAAUUAAAAAAGCCUUUAAUAUAGCACAACUAUGAGUUCUACUAAAAUAAAAUUAGCAAAAGGAAACAAAAACCUUAUCUUUAUCAUUUGUCACGAAUAGAACAAAAGAAAAGGAAAUAUACUACAAAAUAUGUUAACACCAGGCUGUACCUGUGUUUAUCAAUGGUGUAAAGUUGGACAUAUAAACAUGGGAGUUAAGAAAAUUGUUAAGAAAAAAUAUCUUAUCCUUUUCUCACUAGGUCAGAUUUUGCUUUAACAGCUCCAUAACAGUGCUCUGUUGCAUACAUCCACAAUCACCAUAGCAACACACAUUUGAAGUUUUUGAAAAAUAAACGGUUUAACAUUUUUAAAACAACCUUCACAAGUAAUUCAAAGUUUGCUGUUUUAUUUAAUUUGUACUUUUUUUGUGAAUGAUUGUUUUCCAACCAACUACAAGCUAGCCCCCAUUUUUAACCCAACAUUAAGUAAAACAUAGACUGCCAUGAAUCUGUUCAGGAAAGAUGCCAUGACCUCAAAGAAGGAGAAAGAGAAGGCAGUGCAAUAUGAGGACCCCCCGGAUGGAGGUUGGGGCUGGAUGGUUGUGCUUCACUGUUUUCUAGUGAAUGUCCUGGUGAUGGGCACGCUAAAGAGCUUUGGGAUCUUCUUUGUGGCAUUCCAAGAUGAGUUUGGAGGCUCAGCGGAAAGCAUUAGCUGGAUCGGUUCCAUCAUGUCUAGUCUGCGUCUGUCAGGAGCACCAAUCGCCUCCAUAGCCUGUGCAAAGCUGGGGACCAGAGUGACAUCAAUAUCUGGAGCUGUCCUGGUUAGCGCAGGAUUUCUCAUAAGUAUUUUUGCCAGUAGUGUGGUAUAUCUCUACAUUAGCAUGGGAUUGAUAGUAGGAAUUGGCUUUGCCCUGUUGUACCAAGCCUUCUCUGUAGUAACAGCACUGUACUUCCGAAAGAGGUUGGCCACAGCAUAUGCUAUUGGGCGCUCAGGGAUGGGCUUGACAUUUGCUCUUGCUCCAUUCACUCAGCUGCUUCUGGACCAGUAUGCAUGGCAAGGGGCAAUGUUAAUUCUUGGUGGUCUCAUGCUGAACCUCGUGGCCUCUGGGAUGCUUCUGCGACCCAUCAAUGUGAAACCUCCGGUUUCAAAUACUACCUCUUUACCAUCCCAAAAGAGCCCUGCUGUUUCCCUGAAAAGCUCAGUGGAAAAAGAAUGCUCCAAGAGCUGCCUAAGUGGUUCUGCUCAUCUAUCCAAUGGCAUUUCCAAAUCAGACUCUCUCCCAUCCUCUCCCUCACCUCAAAGAGACACUGAGAAGAAUGGGAUGGAAUUUAAUUCAGGACUAAAGGAGCAGGCAGUGAAUUCAGAAAUGACUGGACUGGUUUUUAAUGGUAUUCAAGGCAAUGAGUCCCUCCAUGAGGACAAACCUACAACUCCAGAGACUCCAUCAGAACUCAAUGGCUGCAGCAAUGGAUCCACCAGCGUUGGAUUUUCUGCAAAUGCUGUUACACCCACUGAAGUGACAGCUGAAAAGGUCAAAGUACUGGACUUCUCGUUACUAAAGGACCCGUUCUUCUGCAUCUACACUUGGUCCUUGGUCUUCAGUCAGCUGGCGUACUUCAUACCCUAUUUCCACCUGUCUGCUAGAGCUCGAACUCUGGGAAUCGACCCCAUGGAUGCUUCCUUUAUCAUCUCUGUGGCAGGUAUCACGGAGACCAUUGCACAGCUGGCCUCUGGCUGGGUGACAGACAGGAACCUGUUCCAUAAAUACCACUUCCAUAAAGCCUACCUUAUACUCUGCGGCUUGGUCAACUUGCUCUCCCCGCUGGCAACUUCCUACAUCCUGUUGAUGGUCUAUGCUGUCUUCUUCGCCAUUUUCUGCGGCGGUUACAUGGCGUUGCUUCUUCCCGUUCUGGUUGAUCUUGUCGGGUCAGAGAAACUCAAUAACUCCAUGGGCUUCUCCAUGUUCUUUGUUGGCUUGGGUUGCCUCACAGGUCCUCCUUUGGCAGGGUUCCUGUAUGACUACACUCAAACAUAUGACUGCUCUUUUUAUCUGGCGGGGCUCUGCUACCUACUCUCCUCCCUCUCGCUGUUCAUGGAGCCGUUGGCUCAGCGCUGGAAGGCCAGACAGAAACUUUCCCAGACCAAGACAGCAGAGAGCAGCUGUAAGACCAACGGCUGCUUUGCCCCUGACCACUUGCAGAAUGGUGUUGUGUAAGCAUGAACUCCAGGAAAGGCCUUGUAUCUUCAGGCAGCAUGCUUUCGACCUCUAACCUGAAUGCCUUGGACCUUGGACACUGGCUUCAAAUCAAGACCUCGAGCGCUCACUUAAGCAUCGGCCUUAAAAUAACAUAAAAACUCAUGAGGGUGUGAACUUUUUAUUAUGCUGAACCUCUAAAAAGCCAAAAUACUGUAUGUUUUCUUGUCAGAGGCACAAGCAUCAAAACUGAGGGUAAUCCCAAGCACAUAAUUUAUUGAAGAACAAAAAAAAAGUCUGCUGCCUUUUUUCUUUUCCCAAGUAUCAAUAACCAGUAAACAUGAACUCAUAGUCCAGCUUUUGAAGAUGCCACAAAAGUCAGAUUCACUCACAUUCAUGAAGAGCGAACCUCUCUGGAAGCAUUUACCUGCUUCGGCAUACCUGUACUCACUGAUGUGCACUUUGGGCCAAGCUGAGAUAACAUGUCAUUUUCUGUUGACCUUUAGCUUCCAGGUACUCAGAACACUCAUCACUCACAUCAUUGCAGCCUGUUCCUGGGACACCAUGUGUAAUCCCAACUAUGAAGCCAAAAAAGCACAGCGACAGGAAAAUGUGAUUAUGUACUAGUUUAGCUUAGUUUAACAGGUUUCUUUUUAAGUGUUAGCUUUUUCUCCUUAUAAACCUUUAUAAAAGUUCUGUUUUUAAAAAAGUCCUAAUACCUUCGUCUGUAUCUCAUAUUAGACAUGUGUGCAUUAGCUUUCUGUUUUAUGGCUUUUUUUUUAAAAGCUCGAUGCCAUUUAGAGCCCAAAAGUCAGCCUGAAAGUAUGCUAAUAGUUGAGCCUUGUUUUUCCUUCCUGACUUGAUGCAUUCACAUAAGGUAACCCUCAGGAAGACCAUCAAGCGCAAACUGAUGCUUCACUACAACGUUCGUCCCUUAUUUUUAAACUGAAAUUUAAACUGCUCCCAUUUUAUAUAUAGACCAGGAGUACUCGACACUAAAUUUGCUCCUCAAAUGGUGAUUGAACUACUUAGACUAAAAACACAGCUGUCAGUUCUUGCAUAAGAGUACUCUAUAAAACCUCUUACCACCUUAGCCAUUCAGUUUGACAGCUUUAACCUGCAUUGCUAGUUUAAAAUAGUUGACUCUGAGGUUGCACGCCAGCCUACGUUAGGCUUUUAGUGCUUCCUAGGUCAACUGUUGGCUGUUUAGCCUCUCUUCAUGUCUUACAUCUCCUCUCUUCAUCUUACAUUUCAUGUUAAAUUUUAUUUAAUGUAGUUUUUUUCUUCUCAGUUCCAUUGAGGUAUUUCAACAAUAUUCUGCACAAACGAGAGCAACACACUUAUCUGUAAAAACUUUUGUCUUUUAAAUACGAUGGGUAACAACUUGAAAUUUGUCUUUUUGUCAUGUUGGUUAUAAAGUACUUUUACAUGAAUAGCAGAAAUUGUUUUUUAAGUGCAGCACCUAGAAACAUGUCCAAUCCUCAGUCAUAGCUCCUCAUCUGUUUUCUGCAAGUGCUCAAGAAAGAUUUUCCUCUAAUUUAUGCGCACAAAUCAGGAGCCCGAAAGCCCUUUUCCUCUUAAAGUUUCAUACAUUUUUCAAUCCCAGUGGAGCUGAGGGAAGAUAUAACCAAUGAACUCCGCUGUACAUUUAUGUUUUCUAUAAUAAUGUGGGAUCUUGUUCUUUUUAUAUACAUAUUUGACCAAUUAAGAUGGAUGAAUUGCUGACUAUAAACCCCCAACUGGAAUUUUACACAAUAAUACUCAGACCAUUUGGUGCCUGCAGGAAGCCAAUUUAUGGGAAUGCAAAUGUACGCUUUUGUUCUGUUCAUACAUGGGAAUUUUUUAUCGGUUUUUGUGUUCAUGGUGGGUUUUUUGUUAUUCCACAACUGCCUUAUAAGGUCAUGUAUCAUCUAUAAAACUUUCUCUGAAAUGACAGCCAAAGAUCACAUUAAGACAACUACUGUUUGUUAGUUUAUAAAACCCUUUGGAUGGGAUGGAUUAAAUUAGCAUAUUUUCUAUCAGACUUGAAAACAGCCUCAGCAUGUGUUUUGUUCUGCUGCCCCCUUGUGGCAAAAGAAGAGUCCUACUCUAAGAAUGUCAUCUCAAUUAGUGACAAAUGAUUCCCCUUCAUCUCACUCUCACAAUACAGAGCAAGGCUCUUUGUAUUGGUUCUAUAACGACAGAAAAGCACAAAAGCUCUUUUGACUCACCAGCAAUAUGCUUCUGUGAUUUAGGGCCACUGAAGCCCGUCUACUUUGUAAAAUUAUUUUAGUAUUUGAUGCUUUAGAAUGUUUUGGAUCAAUUACUUAUAUCCUGUGCAUAUGUUUAAAAAAACAUGUUUGAUUUUAAAAGCCCUCUCAAUUGUAAAUUAACCACCACACAUGCAAACCAAUGAGACAUUUUACCCCCAGUCUUUGUUGCUUUAUGUGCAUUAACUUGGGAAUAAGUGUUUCCCAGUGUUUUUGUUUUUUGUUUUUGCUAAACCAAACCUGGAUUUUGUCCCCUGACAGCAAACACUUCCUGUUUCAGCCUGGUAACAGAGCUGCAUGGGUUAUGGCUGUGAUGAACUCAUGUGUGAGUUAGUCUGCGGUUGUGUGACUCAGACAUCUCAGAAGAAAGAGUAGAUCAAAAGAAAAUAAAUGCACAAGAUAUUCUUCAGGGAAAAUAUGCUUUAUUGGUACAACCCUUAAUAAAAAAGUGACUCCUUAAUCCAAUUA